UUACCUUGGUAUGCUGUCUUUUUAUUGGUUGAAUAUAUGCAGUUGCCUAAUUUCACCACAAGAGAUUUAAAAAUUUUAUUUGCGUAACGUAAUAAAGACGGAUUUGGUUUGCCACAGGUUUCCCAAAUGAACAAAAACUACAUAAUAACGAAACGUUUUUCAAGACAAAGGUCAUUGGUGAAAUAAGUUCAUUAGCUAAUAAAAAGAUUUUAGUUGCAGAAGUUUAUUGAACCAGAAUCAAAAUUAAUGGUUUAUUUCACAAACAGAAUCUUUAAAAUAGUAGGAAUCUAUUCCAUGCUAUAUACUUAAAAAUUCUGAUGCAAAUAGCUGCUCUAAGUUAUUUGUAUCUUUGCCCCCCCCUUAUGUUUCUUUUGUUCGUUUUUUUUUUCACUUUAGCCUUCAGGCAUGGAUUUUCCCUAUAAAACAGCAGCUUGAAAGCAAACAACUCUGUCACGAGGUCUAUCGAGUCUUCACAGUGUUAAAAAAGUUAUCCUCAAGAGUCACAAGGUAUAAAGGUAGAUAUUUGAUAGUAAAUUAGAUAAAAAACACAGCCCUUUUUAACACACAAAAAAUCAAAAUAUAUUUGUAAUAGAGGCAAAAUUUAUUCUAUUAAAAUAUUAAGAGAAGAAUGAUGACCAUUUUCUCCAUGAUUUUUGUCUUUUCAAAUUUAUGGCUUGUAUCGAUAGCAACGCCCGUCUUCAAUAGCUUAGACCAGAUACAGUCCAGCAAAGAUUUUGUGUCUGGAACGCCGUUGACAGAGGAAAUGAAGGGAAAUUUUUCAGAUAUAAAAGAUGAAUUUUUCGAGGAUUUUUUUCAAUGGGAAAAACAGGAUCCCGCACUUUAUGAAGGUGACAUUAUGUUUUUGGGGGACAAAAAUGCUAUCUUGAGCAGCAGCUAUCGUUGGCCGAACGCAACGAUCCCUUAUGAAAUUUCAAACGUCUACACGUCCGAUCAGCGUAAAGUGAUCGCAUUUGGUAUGAACGAGUACCACGAAAAUACGUGCAUAAAAUUUGUUCCUCGAACUAGCGAAAAAAACUACAUAAGAAUCUACAAAAAAGGAUCAGGCUGUUCUAGUUACGUUGGUAUGAUCAAUAUUGGUUCUCAAGAUGUAAGUCUUGAUGACGGAUGUGUCUCAAGAAUUCGUCCAGGCAUCGUCCUGCACGAACUUAUGCACGCGGCUGGAUUUUUUCAUGAACACACUCGCCCAGAUCGUGACACAUUUGUUAGAAUUAAUUUUGAAAAUAUUUUGGAAAAAAUUAAAAUAGAACAUGUCUUUAACUUCAACACAAACGAUGCAUCGAAGGUGACUACUCUUGGACUCCCCUACGAUUACGAUUCUGUGAUGCAUUAUUCAAGGUAUGCUUUUGCCGUUGACAGGACCAGACCAACCAUUACUCCUGUCCCAAAUGAAAACGUGGAAAUAGGGAAUAGAAGAAAAUUUAGUUCUCUGGAUCUUCUAAAACUGAACGCACUGUAUUGUUCCGAAGUAAAUCGUCGUUUUACGUCAAUAUGAAACUUUUAUGUAUAACAAUACCUUUUACAUAUUUCUGUACAAGACAUAAACCACAUUGUUUUUCAUAAAAAGUUUAAAUAUAGCAAUUCUUACUAUCAAUCAUCGAAAUAGAUUGCAUUCCUCUUUUCUAUAAAUCUUAAUGUUUUUAAAUAUAGUGUCUUUUUUAAAUAUGUGUUCUUUUUCAAUUCGUCUUUUUUUGUUCUUUCUUAUUCUUAUUUCAACCUUUUCUACAUCCUAUUACGAAGAAAUUACAUGCGCAAAUUGUUUAGAGCAGUCAUUUUAAAAUCAUGUUUUAGUAUAAAGCAUCCAAUAGGUCCCUCUCCAUGUUUCAGUAAAUAUUUCAUUCUGCUUGUUUUCAUCGUUUUCAAAACUUUGAUUUUGUUGAGCGUAAUAAGAGAUUUACCUAAUCUCUUUAAAAAUAUAAGAUCAAGUUUUAAUCACCAUUUUUACUCAGUUAUCUACCAGUUCAUUUCACCAUCUUUGUGCUGUUUUUCUUUUCCUUUUUUUCUGUCGGAAAUAUAUAGGAAAAAUAAAUUUAUAGAUAAAAAAAUUAACCUUUUAAUAAUCCGUACAUCUUGAAAUAGGCGGCUUUUAAAAAUGUAAGUUUUCUGAAGUUUUCUGAAAAAAUAUAUUAGCCCUUGCAAUAAAAACUAUACUUUAUAAAUGUAGUAUUUUUCAUGUUUUACUACAUAUAUUUUUCAUUUUAUGAAACCGGCCAUUCUAAACUGUCUGGUCAGUAAAAAUUGUCCAUCUUUUUUAGUAAAGCUCAUUGCUAGUUUUCUAUGCAGCAGUUGACGAGAAAACUGCUGCACAAAAACCGAAAAAAGUCAAAAUUUCGGCUACCGCCUCUCACUUUUUUCAUAUAUCUCCCAAACUGCAAAAUAUAGGCGAUUUCGGUUCCACCAAUCGACGCGAAAAAUUCCACACAAAACCCAUUCAUCAUUUAAUUUUUAAGACCCCAAGCGAAGAUUUUCGAAAAAUCAAAACCCCCAAAAUUAUCUCUUUGAGUGGCGGACGGGUUGUUAAGAAAAAUCUGCAAAAAGCGU